GACAUAGACGCGUUUGGGACGGAGGCGGAGGUGGAGGUUUGGCCGCCUUCGGCCCCCGUAGCUGCGAGUGUGCUCUGGAUUUCUGCUCGGGUAGCUGCCGUUGCCUGUGCGCCUGUGGAGAGCGAGAGAGCCGCCAUGAGCGAGAAGGGGGAGCUGGAUCUGACCGGGGCCAAGCAGAACACGGGCAUGUGGCUCGUCAAGGUCCCAAAAUACUUAUCCCAGCAGUGGAAUAAAGCAUCAGGAAGAGGUGAAGUAGGAAAGCUAAGAAUCGCUAAAAACCAAGGAAGAACAGAAGUAUCUUUCACUCUGAAUGAAGAUCUUGCAAACAUUGAUGAUAUUGGUGGAAAGCCAACUUCCAUCAGCGCACCCAGAGAACAUCCUUUUCUUUUACAAAGUGUGGGAGGACAGACAUUAACUGUGUUUACAGAGAGCGCCUUAGAGUGCCAGGCAGAUGAAAAAUCAGAGAGCAGCAAUACUGAAAAACUAUCACUGGAAGGAAUAGUGGUCCAGCGUGCAGAAUGCCGGCCUGCAGCCAGUGAAAACUAUAUGAAGUUGAAAAGGCUGCAAAUUGAAGAAUCUUCCAAACCUGUAAGCUGGACAAUGCAGUUGGAGAAAGCUGUAACCACAAACUACAAGCCUGUGGCAAAUCAUCAGUAUAAUAUUGAGUAUGAAAAGAAGAAGAAAGAAGAUGGAAAGCGAGCGCGGGCUGAAAAGCAACAAGUGCUGGACAUGCUUUUUUCAGCUUUUGAAAAACAUCAGUAUUAUAACAUUAAAGAUUUAGUUGAUAUAACAAAACAGCCAGUGAGCUACUUGAAAGAAAUUUUAAGAGAAAUUGGUAUCUACAAUGUUAAAGGGACGCACAAAAACACCUGGGAACUUAAACCAGAAUACCGACAUUAUCAAGGUGAAGAUAAGAGUGAUUAAUACAACUACUAAUUACACCAUCAGAGAAGCUGUCUAUUACGGGGACAAGAAGAGCAGGUGCACAUUUUAUCCCUUAAGACAAUGGGAGUUAAACAGUUGUGGUAUGUCCCUCUAUGACCUUUAAAAAAAGAUUUCAUAGAGAACAUUCUGUAUCUUUCUUUUAUUAUAUAGAAUAAAUUUGAUUUAUGUUUC